GCGUACGGCGAGGCGUCCAGCUUCGCGCGCCGGUCGCUGGCCGAACUGCUAACGCCAGAAGGGCGCAGCGGGGACGCGCCGCUGCGCGCCGAGCUGUUCUCGAGGCUGCGCCUGGCGGAGGUGCAAGGCACCGACGCGAACAUGGAGCCGCGAUUCAUCCGCACCGAGUGGCGGGAG